GCUGCCAAAUGCAGUCGUCAAAAAUCCGCAACAAAAAUUAAAAAAAUCAAUAAAAGGAAUUGAUAAUCCAAAGGCGCAACUGCAUUUAGAAAACGUGAAGAACCAUGAAGUGGGAGAACUAUUGUGAUUUUGUGGCCGGCUGUGUCGGUGGUGCUUGCGGCGUGCUGGUGGCCCAUCCUUUGGACACGAUCAAGACGUGGCAGCAGGCAUCGAACACGUCCGUCGUAACGGCCAUCCAUCAGAUCUACAAGCGGAACAAUGGGAUUAACGGUUACUACAGGGGCAUGCUCUUCCCGCUGAUGUCGACGGGCGCGAUCAACUCGAUUCUGUUCGGCAUCUAUGGCAACCAUUUGAGGCAGCUGCGACGCGUCUGCCACAGUGACUACCAGCGGGAGCAGCUCGAGUAUCACAACAUGUUCCUGGCCGGAUCGGUGGCUGGGUUCGUGCAGUCCUUCAUCGCGUGUCCCAUGGAGCUGAUCAAGGUGCGACUGCAGACGCAUUGCUACUAUAACGACUACCUCUAUGGCCAGCGUAGAACAGCCUUCGGCACCUUCAAGCGCAUAGUGAAGAACGACGGCAUCUCGGGCUUAUAUCGCGGACUCUUGCCCAUGAUGUGCCGAGAUGUGCUGCCAUAUGGCAUCUAUAUGCUGGUCUAUCGCCAUGCGUCGCGCUAUAUGGAAAAUUCGGAUUUUGUACGCAAGCAUCGGAAGGCAUCGAAUGCAAUUAAUAUCAACUUGCUGAUUACCACUUUUGCCGGCGCUUGGGCGGGCGUGCUGUCGUGGGUGUGCGUGAUACCCUUCGAUGUGGUCAAAACCAUAAUGCAAGCGGAUGAGAAUCAUAAAUUUCGAGGCAUAAUGCAUUGUGUUCAGGUCAACUAUAGAGCGUAUGGCUGGCGGAGUAUUUUUCGUGGCAGUUGGAUGCUGUUGGCGCGUGCGAUACCCUUCAAUGCGGCCACCUUUUUGGGCUAUGAGUAUUCGCUGGAGUUGUGUCAUAAUUAUUAGAAAUCAAAUAAACAAA